AUGGAUGUUGAACUUGAUGCUUUGGUUGGAAAUGGAACUUGGUCUGUAGUUUCUCUUCCACCUGGAAAGCGGGCAGUAGGUUGUAAAUGGGUUUACAAGAUAAAAAGAAAGGCUGAUGGAUCUGUAGAGCGAUACAAGGCUCGUUUGGUAGCAAAGGGAUUCACACAACAAGAGGGAGUUGACUUCAUAGAUACUUUUUCACCUGUUGCAAAAUUGGUAACUGUCAAGUUGCUCCUUGCCUUGGCUGCAAAACAGAACUGGAUUCUUACACAAAUGGAUGUUACUAAUGCUUUCUUACAUGGUGACCUUGAGGAGGAGAUUUAUAUGUCUCUGCCACCAGGUUAUACUGAUGCACAAUCUGGAAACAUGCCUCGGGAUGCAGUCUGCAAAUUACAGAAAUCUCUAUAUGGGUUGCGACAAGCCAGUCGACAAUGGUACCAUAAAUUUGCAAGUGUUCUGCUCGAAGAUGGUUUCAAGCAGUCCAAAGCCGAUCACACAUUAUUUGUGAGACGUUCAAAAUCUGGUUUUGUAGCUUUACUGGUAUAUGUGGAUGACAUUGUUAUUGCUAGUGACAGUGUUGAUGCAGUUUCAGAAGUAAAGGACCUACUGAGACAGAAAUUCAAGAUUAAAGACUUGGGAGAUUUGAGAUUCUUCCUUGGAUUGGAGAUAGCACGACAAAGGAAGGGAAUAUCACUGUGUCAGAGGAAAUAUUGUCUGGAUUUAAUCUCAGAUUCAGGUUUAUUGGGAUGUAAACCAGUAUCUACACCUCUUGAUGCAAAUACGCAUUUGAGUAAAGAUGCUGGAACUCCUCUUGAAGACAUAACAAGUUAUAGACGUCUUGUGGGAAGGUUAUUAUACCUAACCAUAACCAGACCAGAUAUUACGUUUGCCACUCACAAGCUUAGCCAGUUUUUAUCAGCUCCAACAGAUAUACAUAUGCAAGCGGCGCAGAGGGUAGUGCGGUAUCUGAAAACCAACCCCGGGCAAGGUCUGUUUUAUUCUGCAUCUUCAGCUCUUCGUUUCAAUGCUUUUGCGGAUGCAGACUGGGCAACAUGUCCUGAUACGAGACGCUCAGUUUCUGGGUUCUGUAUUUUUCUGGGAGAAUCUUUGAUUUCAUGGAAAUCAAAGAAACAGACUACGGUUUCGAGGAGCAGCACAGAGGCAGAAUAUAGAUCAUUAGCUAAUGCUACUU